AUGGAUGAACCUGCAGACAAGAUGCAGAUCCACGGGCUUCAUGGGACGCUUUUCGCGUUGGUGGCCGCCAACAACGCGUACGAGAAGAGGUCCACGAGGAAGGCCUCGCUAGUCGAGGUGCUGCAACACGAGCUUCCGCAUGUUGACCAACUAGCCGUGGAAGUGGUCUUCCGUACCCACCAACGAGGUACGCCUCUUCCCGACUUCGUGGCUGUCAUCUCACCUGGUGCUCGAGGCUUUCAGGUGCUUCCCACACUCCUGCCAUCGAUCUGCCCUGGUAGUCCCCGGAGAACGUGGGUUACCGAAUUGGCGCUGUCUCUACGCUGGCAGGCGUCAGCACUUGACUGCCUUCAGGAGGCCACCGAGGCCUUCCUUCUGGACUUCUUCUCGUACGUGGCGUCGGCGGCUGCCCACGCGAAACCCGUCACCGUGAAGCCUGUGGAUCACCAUCUUGUCUGCAGGUUCAUCCACUUUCUUCAGUAA